ACCUUGGACUAUAUUACCUAAAAUAACAUUAGGUAGUGCAAGAUUAGUGCUACUCUGUGAAACCAGCCCUCCAAGUUUUUUGGGCAGGUAUUGGGUUUUCAGAAAAUCUACUACCAAUAAUAUUUCUUUUUGAUGUUGUUUUAACUUUUUUGCCUGCAGUUGUUUUUGUGUUUGUGAAUUGUUACUGACUUGCCUGGUAACUCUGGAGAUAAACUUGUUAGUUGCUACAGGAUUUAACGGCUGGCUAGUCUCUGGAACUAAGGAAGAACAAACUCCUGUAAAGUGGAGUUCAAUUCACCAGGCCAUCCUCGUGUUUUGAUUAAUGUAUUACCUAAAAUGCAAGUGUUAUGUUAAACAUUUACAGCGCAACAAGGUUAUUUAUGCAGCUUGAUGUAAGUAUGUCGCUCACACAAGAGUUUAAAGAAGGUAGUCAGCAGAUGUGUCCGGCAGAUGGAUCAGUCACGCAAUGACACUAAUCGUACUAUUACUAACAUCAACACCAGUAACGGUAAUAACAAUACAGAAGAUGUAUCCGUGAAUGUCUUCUCCGUGACUCCUUACCUGCCCAGCAGCUCUGAUAUUGAAGUGUCCGAUGGUGACAAAGCUGGAGCUACCUUGUUGUUUUCUGGGGUCUUCUUGGGCUUGGUUGGAAUAACCUUUACGGUUAUGGGAUGGAUCAAAUACGACGGAAGCACGUACUUCGAAUGGACUCAGCUACUCGGACCCAUCCUCCUGUCUGUCGGAGUCACGUUUGUCUUGAUCGCUGUCUGCAAGUUCAGGAUGCUCACAUGCAAGACAUGCAAGCAGGCUGAUGACAGGGUGACAGAGGGGGAGCAGCCGCCCUGUGGUCAGUCCUUUGUUUUUACUGGCAUUAAUCAACCCAUAACGUUCCAUGGAGCCACUGUGGUCCAGUACAUUCCCCCUCCACAUGGCUCCCCGGCACAGGAUGGCAUUGUCAUGACCACGGCUUCAGCGCCUUCUGCAAAUAGGUCUCAGAGCAAUACCCCACAGAGCGGGGCACCAGGAACCACGAUAUGCCCCCCACAAUACUUCACAAUAUUCCCCCUGGAUAAUCCGUCCUUUGUUGGUGAAGAACAUUGCCCCCCUUACCAGAGAUCAAACAGCGAUGAUUGCAGGGCUGAUGAGACUCAAGAGGAGCCGGAUGAGAGAAUCGCAGGAGACCAGCCACAUGAAAACCUCGCGCCUCCACCUUAUGAAGAAAUAUUCUCCCUUUCCUUGUUAUCUGACAGUACCACAUAGUUAAAGAUAAUAUUUCUGCGGGCAAUGUUGUGAUGUAGUUUUGUAUUUCACUUUAAGAAUUAUUUUUAAACAAUAAGUCUACUUAUUUUACAAUAUUGACGUUGUACUGUACCUGGCUGCCUUUAGGUCCGUUGUGUAAUCUCAAUGAAGAUUGACAGCCCCACGUCAUGGUGUUAAUUAUGUCGCCAGACCUUAAUGUCUUAAAGUACCACAGUCAUAAUGAUAGUAAUAUUAUAUCAUAAUACAAUAAAUAAACGUCACAAAUAAUAGAAUGCAAAAGCCAUUAUUAUAAAUCUCAAAGGGAACGAAAUGCUUUUUUGAAACUUAUUAAACUGACCCUGGAGUGCAAAUCAUGAACGUAUUCCAAAUGACAAAAACAAAUAAGAAGUUACAUAUAAAACCACACAAGUUAACAAGUAACGUAGCAUGUGGUCCCAAUUAGAUGGUGCGCUAUUCUCUAAAAGACACGGAGCUGAACUUUACGCUCCGUUGUCUUUAUAUAGCAGUGACGAAUAAAGUCAAGUUUAUGGAGCUUUUCGACUUUGUCUUGUGAUUUUAAAUGUCUGUCAUGUCAUUUUCGUUUAACACAUAAGAACGAGUUUCAUUUCUGUCUUUCGAUUGCCCAUAUUUUUUAACGGCUGCGUUUCAACAAAUCCCGACUGGCAUUAAUCUAAUGUUACCCUGGGUAGCGGUCCACGAUUAAUGCUAAUCCUGGUCUGUGAAAAUAGCAUUACAUGGUUUCACAGACCAGGAUGUACAUUCUAACAGAAUAGCAACCUUUUUAAAGGGUUAUACAAUUAAGUUGACAUAAUUAUCUGAAAUAUUUUUGUUAUAAUUAUUCUGAACCUUUUUUUGGUUUGGACAUAUUUUGUUAAAGAUGCUUUAACAAUUAACAGAAUUACAGGAUGUAGUAUCUUGGUGCAGACAUUGUGUGGAGCAGGAACUCCUUACUUUAUUGCGAGAUCGUAAGAUCAAAUACGGUAGUUCUUUCUACCAGUUAUCACUUGCUAUUGCCAUCCAUUAGCACCUGUUCCUUUAUUCCAGUCGAAUCGUAAUUGGUGUCAUGUUUUUUUUAAUACGACACAGGUAGGCGAGCAAAUCCUACCCGCAUUGUACAUGUGGUAUGUGUGAAAAUACAUGAACCACACAACACAAGCAAAACGUGAUGUACACGUUUGGAACUGCAUAACGCAGCAUUGUGUUACAUAGACUAAUAAAGAGUUAUAUAAUAAGUCUAAUUUAAUAUUUAAAGAAGUAUUAAACGUUAACAUGUGACACAAUAAAACAAUUUGUUUUCUGAUUUGAGUAACAAUAGAGCCACUGGAAUAGGAUGGAAUAGAUUAUAGUGUAAAACCAAAUGCCUAAAAAUUAAACAUACAUCUUAUUCCAGAUUUUAACAUUACAAAGCAUGCAAAUGUAUUUAAUUUCGGUUUGAUUCUUAAUCACCACUUGCGAUGGAUAAACUACGUUUGUGUGCUUUAUCAAAUUAAUUUAAUGGUGACAAAAUGCAUUCCUUUUUUAUAUUGGUCUUUUUCACGCAGUAUCCUCCGUGGGUUGGUGCAGUUGUAACACGUGUUGCAAUUGACCCUAUACAACAUUAGCUAAACUAUAUUUGGGCACAUGAAGCUUGCA